AUGUUAAUGAAGGGUCAGAAAACAGCCAGAGAUCUUCUGCAAUGGUUAGGAAUAGUUUCCUCUUGCAUAGAUCUAAUUCCCAAUGCUCGUCUUUAUAUGAGACCAGUACAAUUACACCUUCUAAGUUUUUGGAAACCAAGUUCAUUAGAUUUGGAGAAGGUAAUUCCUAUUACACAACAUCUCAAAUUACACCUACAGUGGUGGUUAAAUACAGCAAACAUUUCCAGGGGCAAAUCUCUGCAACUGGAAGAAAUAGGAAUGACCAUAACUACAGAUGCAUCUCUAACAGGGUAUGGGGGUCAUCUCAACAAUCAGAUAGUUCAAGGAUCAUGGGACAGUUGUCACCAGAAAUGGCAUAUCAACUGUCUAGAGAUGGAAGCAGUAUUUUUGACUUUGAAACACUUUCGAAGACAAAUUCAAAACAAAACAGUGUUGAUCAGAUGCGACAACACAACAGUAGUUCAGUACAUAAACAAACAAGGGGGAACAAAAUCUCCUCGUCUUUGUUACCAAACUUGGGAUCUUUGGAAUUGGGCAAUAAGUCAAAAUAUCAAAUUGAAGGCUGCACAUAUAGCUGGGAAGUUGAAUGUUUUAGCAGAUCAUUUGAGCAGGGUCAAGAUCAGACAAACAGAAUGGAUGUUGAACAAAGAAAUAGUUCAGACAAUUUUUCAAAUGUGGGGACAUCCAUUGAUAGACAUGUUUGCAUCAGUUCACAAUCGUCAAACUCAAAUAUUUUGUACAUGGUAUCCUCACAAUCAAGCCUAUGCACUAGAUGCUCUGACAAUUCCUUGGGAAGGGAUGUUUCUCUAUGCAUAUCCCCCAAUGUGUUUGAUCCCCAAAGUUCUUCAACAUAUCAGACAAUACAAUUGUCAGGUAAUUCUGAUAGCUCCAUUCUGGCCAAGAAGGCCUUGGUACACAGAACUACUUCAACUUUUAAUAGCUGUGCCAUUGAAACUUCCAAAUUGCCCACAGUUACUUCAACAACCAAACACAAAAAUUUUCCAUCCAAACGUAGAAGUACUACAGUUAACUGCAUGGCUUCUAUCGACAGAGGCUUCAAAGCAAAGGGUUUUUCUAAAGACACUAGAACCUUACUUGCAGCAAGUUGGAGAUCAGGCACCCAAAAAGAUUAUACUUGCAAAUUCAAACAAUUUAAUAGCUGGUGUAGUGCAAGGAAAAUUGAUCCCUAUUCAGCAUCUCUAG